GGCAGGCCUCGAGGCCGCUGACGUCUGAACUUCCAUUCUUGCGGUCACGCUGUCCAUUAGGCCCAACAUGGCACUCGGAUGACGCCAAGGAAUCAUACGCCCCGUGCUUCGUACGGGCUUCUCCUGCUUUCCACUAGGUACCGGCCAGUCUGCAAGCCCAACGGCAACGAUGCUCUCUGGUGAGUCAUACCCACGUGGCGGUUCUCAAAGGUGGGUGGAUGUCAUUCAACGAAGCGGAGAUGCGGCGUGAAUUUCAUUUCGUGAAUCGGCGUGUGCGUCGUACGAGAAGAGUAUCAUUACCACGCCCUCUCUCAGAAGCCCACAACAUCCAUCAACCUCAGCUCGCCACCAAGUGAGAGGACAACAUCAUGAUUCACGGAUUCCGUGUCUUCCUUUACAUUCUUCUAGUGAGUUUUCAUGGGCAGGUUGCGAUGUCAGAAGUGUUAAUGCUGUCGGAAACAAAGUUUAUUUUCUCGGCGGUCGUCAUGUCGCUCUGCGCCGUUAGGCUCCACUACACACUCAACUUGUCUCCUUUCGACCCCCUGAACUACGGCGUUAGCUUCUAUGAUCCUAUCAUCAUCGAGUUGCUCGUAACCAGCAUCCUUUCCAUGUUCUGGUCGUUCCUCAUUGGCCGCACAAUCCACAAGAGAAUUGAACGUCGCUUCAUCAACACUUUCGCAACUGAACUUAUCGGGCUCUUUAUCCUCUUCCUCCUCUGGAUCGUCGGUGCCGCUAUCGCAUCUCGCACCGGCAACCCGCCCGACCCUGACACCCACUGGGGCAACCUCUCCUCAUGCUGGGUCUACUCUAGUUGUCGUGUCCUCACUGCCAUGCUUGCGUUUGCAUGGGUGAGCUGGGUCGUGGUGCUCGCACUCUUCGUCACUUCAUUCCUCUUCGCGUCCGCCAAUAAGGCUUUCCGCGAUCCUCUGCACGGCCGCUGGGACCGCCGCGCAACGCAUUAUGGCUCUACUCCCAUGAGGAACUUGCCUUGAAUGGGAGGAAAAUUGUAACUCCUACCUAAAUGGAUGGGAAAUCAGUAUGCCUUGGACUGAUCUGCUACGGAUGCCUCGGAAAUGGAGAGGGUAUCGAGGAAGGCGUAGUGUGAUUCGGAAUGAUGACGUUACGCGCGCGCUGGACUGUGUCCGUGAUGCAUGGUGUUUGAUCAUGAAUAUUGUUAAUAAUUGUAGACAUUGUGAAUAUAUGU